AUGCUGAGUCCAUUAAAGCACCCUCGUUUAGGAUGGACCAACAAUGCAGCCGCCGCGACCAUUGCUAUAGAAACAGCCCAAUCAGAGGGGAUUCUGACAGGUCAUAACAUAACCGUUGUAUGGCGAGACGACAAGUGUAGUAGUCUAGGUGGUGCAGGGAAUGCAGUGUUGCUGAGGGACGUAGAUGAUGUGGAUGUUUACAUUGGACCGCCGUGCUCAAGUUCCACAGAGCCUGUCGGAUUGCUGGCAUCGUUUUGGAACUUUCCGAUUCUUUCUCAAGCGUCUUCUGAUCCAGGUCUUGCUGACAAAAGUGUAUACAAAACUCUUGUAAGACUAGGACCUCCUUUUAACAAACUUGGCAAUGCAAUGGUAGAACUUUUCGAGUACUUCCAAUGGAGAAGAGUUGUGGUUAUUUCCAGGCGAAAAAUUGACAACAAAAAAGUCUUCUGUGACUUCUCUUCAAGAUCCUACGAGAUACCGUUCCGCGCGAACAACAUCACGAUUGCUGACAGGAUCAUAAUCGAUGACGGGAUAUCAGAAGCCGAAAUAAACGAUUUACUCAUCCGAGUAAAGCAAAGGGGGAGAAUUGUGAUCCUGUGCUCGGAGAAUUUGGAAGAUAAACGUCGUAUUCUGGUGAAGGCCUAUCAGAAGGGUAUGAUGAAUAGCGAGUAUGUCUAUAUCACACCAGAUCACCUUCCGCCCUCAAACGUGGAAACUCCAUGGGUACGAGGUGAUGGGCUGGAUGACAUAGCAAUGGAGGCUUACAAAUCCGUGUUUCAGAUAACAGUGUCUGAUAUGGGUAGUGAGGAGGUGGAACAGUUCCGUAACAAUGUAUCUAUUAAAAUGGCGGAACCUCCGUGGAAUUACAAUGAGACACUCGUGUCAGGCAUAAAAGGAUCGGAAUAUUCACCUUUUCUACAUGAUGUAGUGUAUCUAUACAUGUUGAUACUGAAUGAGACGGUAACAGAGGGCAACGACCAUCGUAAUGGAACUCUCAUCUUCGACAAAGCCAAGGGCAAGAUAUUCAGAGGUAUUACCGGGAAUGUGAAAGUAGAUUCUAACGGAGACCGAGAGCCCGAUUAUUGGAUCUGGGAUAUGACUGACACUCGGUUCGAAGUGGUUCUAGAAGCUCAAAUGACCAGCUCAGAUAUACAGAUAAGUCAAUGCAAUGUCAAUGUCAAUUAUCAAUCAAGUGUAGAAAGGUAUUGUAUGAAAACCGUUUUUACAUUUCUCAGACGUGCUCGAUACGAGAAAGAGCUUGAACUUCACCUUUGGAAAGUGGAUUAUGAAGAAAUCAAAAUCACCAAGUCGCGAGUUAUUGGAAGCAUUAGCCAGCUCAGUCUCAAUACGAUCACCUCCACAAACGUUUAUACUAGCCAUCCAUCGGAGUCCUCAUUAGUUGUUGACCAGCAGGUGUUCUCCAAGAUCGGCAUGUAUAAGCACACUGUUGUCACUCUCCGGUCUCUGCCCAACAAAAACGUCAUCAGCCUCGAACGUCAAGAUUUAAAGGAACUGAAAGCUAUGUGGGAUUUAAGACAGGAAAACGUCAACGCUUUUGUCGGUUUCUGUCUUGAUGAGAGAGGGCCUUGCCUUCUGACAGUUUACUGUAGUAAGGGCAGCCUUCAGGACAUCAUUGAAAACGAAGACGUCAAACUCGAUUGGAUGUUUAAGGUGUCACUGAUAACGGAUAUAAUCACCGGGAUGCAAUAUAUUCAUAAUUCGCCAUUGAAAGUUCACGGAAAUCUGAAAAGCAGUAACUGUGUGGUGGACAACCGGUGGAUGCUAAAGAUUACAGACUUUGGAGUUCUCCGGCUUCGAUCGUUGUAUCAACAGGCUAAUCUUUCGGAAUACCAGCAGUACAGCAGGAAAUUUUGGACAGCACCAGAAUUUUUAAGGUUGCCCGAAAACCAAUGUCAUUCUUCUCAAAAGGGAGAUGUGUUUGCCAUUGGAAUCAUCCUAUUUGAAAUCCUGCAUCGAUCUCAGCCGUACGACACCGCUUCCGAUACUCCACAAGAAAUUGUUGCACGUAUCAGAAAAACGGAAAACCCGCCAUACCGACCACAUGUAGCUUAUCAAAAGGACAACAUUCUGGAAAAUAUGGACGAUGUACCUUCGGAAAUAACACAGAUCAUGACGUCAUGCUAUGAGGAGGAUCCUGAUGACCGUCCCAGUAUCUCCACCAUUAGGAGUUAUGUAUCCAAGAUAAAUAGAGGGAGACGGACCAAUAUUGUUGAUAACAUGAUCACUAUGUUAGAGAAAUACGCCAACAAUUUAGAACAAGUGGUGGAACAAAGGACAUAUGCACUUCUUGACGAGAAGAAAAAGACUGACUCUUUGCUUUACAGAAUGUUACCGCGAGUUGUGGCAGAACGACUUAAAUCUGGUGAAAACAUCUAUCCGGAAAUAUUUGAAUCGGUUACUAUCUUCUUCUCGGAUAUAGUCGGUUUUACGUCACUUUCCUCCAACAGUACACCAAUCGAAGUGGUGGACUUUCUAAACGACCUCUACACUAGCUUCGACAUGAUCAUAGCCCAGUACGAUGUAUAUAAGGUAGAAACCAUUGGAGACGCCUACAUGGUCGUGAGCGGACUUCCUGUAAGAAACGGUAAUCUUCACUCCAAAGAAAUAGCCAACAUGGCGCUAUCUCUGUUGGCGUCCGUGGAUACGUUUAAAAUAAGACAUCAACCGGACAUGAAACUGCAACUGAGAAUCGGCAUCCACACUGGGCCUUGUGCUGCAGGGGUUGUAGGUCGUACCAUGCCAAGAUACUGCCUGUUUGGGGAUACAGUCAAUAUGGCAUCCAGGAUGGAAUCAAAUGGAGAAGCACUAAGAGUGCACAUGAGUAGCGCCACAUACAAGUCGAUGUGUGAACACCAAGGAUAUGAUAUUCAGGAGAGGGGUAACAUAGAGAUCAAGGGGAAAGGGACGGUUAAAACUUACUGGCUGCUGGGAAGGUCGUCUACGAAAUCGACACUACCAUCACCAUUAUGUAAUGGGCUUGCGUAA